UCGUGCCACCCCAACCAUCCCAUCCCAUCCCAUCCAUCCAUCCGUCCAGGCCAGUGCGGUAAGCAAGCGAGCAGCAGCAGCAGCACCUGGACAGGGCAACACAAGACGACCACCCACCUACCUACCUAAUCUAUCACGUCGCUGGGGCGGCGGCAUGGCGGCUACGCUGCGGGGAGAAAAGAAGCGUUCUAGAAGUCCAUGUGUCUCUGUCGGCCGACAACUGCCCGCGGGGGGAGGGGCGAGAGAGGUCCACGACGGGCCGUGGGGGGAGGGAUAAGACAUCAACCAUCACACCGCGCGCCACGUACGUAGUUUUGCUGCAUCGCCAUCGCCUGCCUCCUCGAUGAGGCUCCGGUACCGCCGCGUCGACUCGACUCUCCUGUCGCAGGGACUUGCAGAGCCAAAGGAAAACCAGUACAUCUGGCCGGUCGCUUAUUGCUGCCCCUCCUCCCUCCGGAUCAGCAGUCCGACGCUCGGUAGGUCCAUCCAAUCCUGCCUCGAAAGUUCCCCCAAGCUAGCUAUCGGAAGAAAGAGCAUGUCUGUCCCCCCCCGUCUCUCGGCCCCCAAGAAACCCACAUCGAGGCGAAUAUGAUGACUGCCCUGCCCUUUCACCCCGCCACGAUGCAACGUCGAACUCCAUCGCCCGCCCGCACUGGCGAUCAGGACUGGAAAGCGCCGAGACGGAGGGGUGGGGGGGUCGGUAAGCCCAUGCCUUGCCAUCAUGCAGGACGCGGAGAGCCCCGAUCGGCGGCAGGCCGGCCGGGGACAAGGUAACUAAUGAAUGCCCCAGAGUAGGAGCGAGGCAGCGUGGACAGGUUGACAGGCAUGCCAUGCAGGGCUCACUCACUCACUGUGCCCGACAACAAACUCGCUCGCCACUCUCUGCUUCCAACCACCACACUAUACGGUAUACAGUAUACAAUAGCAGCAGCAGUCAGGCCAGCGGACCGGGCGUAGUCGUUUGUUACACGACACGCAAGACGGGGAUUUGUUCUUUCUAAAGAAAGAAACAGGACGAGGAGGGGGAGGGGGAGGGGGAGGGGAAGACCUUCACUCGAACAGAGAGGCUGAGGGCACCGCCGGCAGCUUUGUGGGACGAUGGGCUCAGUCACACAGACAAAAUCUUACAAAGCACACGCAUGUAUGUAUUCGUAUGUGUGUACGUACAUAUGAUGCGAGGACGGGUCGACAUGUCGCUUGUCGAAUGAUACAUUACCGACUUCGACCCCACGUCACGUCCCGUUCCGUGUCCCCUCCCCUUGUCUCGCAAGGCCCGAACGGGGAGAGAGCAGCACUAGCACCAGCACAAGUAGAUCCAGUCAGUCAAAGUCAAGGUCGUCUUUGUGUCUCUCACCGUCAGCCGCCAACAAGCACUGUCGCAGUCGCCAGUGUCACCACCCCUCCCAGCGGCAUGACGCUGCUGAUGCUGCUGCUGUCACCACCACCGCUCUUGUUGGUCGUCAUGCAGUUGUUGUUGGGCUGCCUGGCCACGCUCCCGGCGGCCGUGUCCGGCACCCGAUACGGCGGCGGCGGCUCCGUUCAUGUUGUUGGUCCGGCGACGGCCCUCGCGGCGCUCAACGCCAGCGUCGGCGGCCGGGUGCGCGCCACGGAGCCCUUUGCCCUGCCGUGCUUCGCCAUGUACGAGGGCCGCCCCAACCCGCGCCGCGACGCCGCCGCCUGCGCCGAGCGCCAGGCCAACUACCGCUCCGCCGCGUACCGCAGCCGCUUCCCCGGCGGCUACAUGUACGACCAGUCGUCCGUGUGCGCGUCCGACCCGGCGCCGUCGGGGGACCGCUGUCUGCUCGACCCCGAUGACCCGUGGUCCUCUGGUCGCCGCGCGUUGGAGGGCGGCGGCGCCGACUGCAGGCAGGGCAACGUCCCCGCGCACUACCUGGAGGUGAGGGAGGCGAGGGACGUAGUCGAGGCGUUUCGCCACGCGGGCAGCAGGAACAGCGGGAGCAACAGCAGUGUCGCUGAUGGAGGCGGGUUGAGGAUCGUCGUCAAGAACAGCGGGCAUUCGUUUGAGCUCGACAGCAGCGGCAAGGGGGCCCUAUCGCUCUGGACGCAUAACCUCAAGACGCUGACCCGGCACCGCGCCUUUGUCCCUGACGGAUGCAGCAGCAGCGGCGGCUCCGGGGCAUCGUCGUCGUCGUCGUCACGCCCCGUCGACGCCAUCACCACGGGCGCGGGCGUCACCUGCGGCGAGGCCUACUCCUUCGCCGACGCCGAGGGCGUCGUCAUCCUGUGCGGCUACUCGGCGACGGUCGGCCUCGCCGGCGGCUGGGUGCAGAACGGCGGGCACUCGGUGCUCAGCAACGCGCUCGGGCUCGGGGCCGACCGCGUGCUGCAGUUCACCGUCGUGACGCCCGACGGCGCCGUCCGCGUCGCCAACCGGUGCCGCAACGCGGACCUGUUCUGGGCGCUGCGCGGCGGCGGCGGCGGCACCUUUGGCGUCGUCCUGGACGCGACGCAUAGGGUCGACCCGGCGGCGCCCAUUGCCGUGGCCAACAUAAGCGUGCCCGUCCCUCCUCGUCGUAGUGGUGAUGGUGGUGGUGACGACGCCGCCGUAGACGUCGUGUACGGCUUCAUGGAGACGCUCUUCGACUCGGCCGUCGCCAUGGCUGAGGACGGCUGGGGCGGCCACAUCUACGGCAACUCCAUCGUCUACAUGAGCCCCAAGCUGCAGACGGAGGAGGCGGCGAGGCGCUCCAUGGCGCCGCUCAUCGCCUUUGCCGAGCGGCACCCCGGCAGCAGCGUCAACGUGUCCAUCGCGCCGCGCUGGUACCCCAUCUUCGACGACUUUGUGCUCAAGGGGUCGUACCCGGUCGGCGACCUGAGCCUCAUCAACACGCGCCUCGUGCCCGUAAAGGUGCACACCGACGAGGGCCUGCGCGCGCAGUUCAAGGCCUACAUGCGCGAAUUCAUCGCCACCGUCGGCCCGCCGUACGUGCCCGUCGACGCGCCGUACCUAUCCCUGCGUCCGUCGUCGUCAUCGUCGUCGUCGUCGUCUUCCUCCUCCUCCUCACCACCAUCACCAUCUUCAUCAUCGACGACGGACACCACGGCGACAUCGGUGCACCCGGCGUGGUACUCGUCGCUCUGGGAAUGGGGCUACCCCAACCGCUGGGCCUGGAACGGCACCCUCGACGACCGCCUGCGCGCCGUCCGCCGCAUGCAGGCCCAGACGGCGCGCAUGGAGGCCGUGACCCCCGGCGGCGGCGCCUACAAGAACGAGGCCAACCCCUUCACCCCCGACUGGCGCCGCGUCUUCUUCGGCGGCCACUACGACCGCCUGCUCGCCGUCAAGCGCAGGUACGAUCCCCGCGGCCUGCUCCGCUGCUGGCGCUGUGUCGGCUGGACGGACGAGGACGCCGCGGCGUCGUGCUUUGGCGCGUUUGAUAAGCUCGGCGCGUAGUUUGAGCCUGGGCGGGCUCUGGCUUUUCGGCCCUGGUGGCGGCGGCGCUGGUGAUUGUGGGGACGCAAGUGAAUGGCCGGGUGCGCCGAGAAACAGAUAGAAUAGAUAGACGAGGCUCUCGAUGAGGGAGGGAGUCUGUUUGUGAAUUUGGAAAGAAAAGAAGAAGAAAAAGUGUCAAGAUUCCGUGGCGGAGUCGAUGUUAAAAUGGAAAGUGCUCGCUCCGCACUUUCCCCUCACCGAUUGCAUCGUGUUAUAGAUAGGUUAGUCAGCCUCACAGUUGGCUGGCUCUUUCACUGGUCUCUCUCUCGCUCGGCCACCUAUAUAGCUCUUCUUCUUCCUCCCUUCAUAGCCCAUCAAGCUCUCUCUUCAUCAUCAGCUGUGCGCCUGUGCCCCUCUUCUCACAUCGCACCUCCUUCACCCUCACCCACCGCUCACUUCCCCACACAUCAUCACCCCAUCCUCCUCAUCCGGCUCUAUACAACAUGAUCAUCACCGCCCUCAGGUCAACCUCCUUAUUUCACAUAACGAUCAUGGCAACGACCUCCGUCGCCGUGCUCGCCAAAGCACACAUACUCACUCAUGAAUACAAGAACCAGGCAGGGUCAGAGACUAAGGAUAUGUAUUCAAACUUCUCGGGGGCCGGUCGCCAGGCUUGGUCCCCCAGUCCGAUUCCUCCGUGCCCAGCGUGAGCUCCAGCGUCCACCCCUCCGUGAAGAACUCGUGCCCGAUCCAGCUCUUGGUCCACGGCUUCCCGUUCACCGUCGCCUUCUGCACGUACACUUUCUUGUACGACGGAUCGAAGCCGAUGUUGCGAACCGUCGCCUUCUGGCCCGUCUGCGGCGAGCGGAUGCUCACCUCCUCGAAGAACGGCGGGCUGAUGAGAUAGACGUUUUGCCCGGCCACGGGAAACAGCCCCAUCACAGAGAAGAACAGGAACGCGCCCAUGGCCCCCGAGUCGUCAUUGCCGGGCAGACCGCCGGGGCUCGAGUUGAACGACUUGGGUACGUACGUGUGGAUGCGCUCCGUCGAGAGCGCGGGCCUCCCGGCGUAGUGGUAGAGGUACACCGUUAAGAACACUGGUUCGUUGGAGAUGUCGGCGAGCCCACUCGUAUGGAAGAAGUUGAGGCGCUUGACAAAGGCGUCGUCACCUCCGAGCAACGAGAUGAGCGAUGAUGUCGCAUGAGGGACGAAGCUACAAGUGUCAGCGUGGUCACGCAACCUGAGCAACUCGGGUUGAGUUGACUCACAAGAGAUACUGCCAGAUGCUGGCCUCGAACGUCUCGCUCGGAUUCGACGUCAGCGAACAGAACCC